GCGCGAUGAUGUAAACAAGGUCAAAAAUAACAGGCAUGGAUCACGCGGGUUUCAGCAGGAAAUGAACAUACGGUUGUAACUGGAUUAAACGGAUGUCUUAACUAGUUGCCGUAUCAUUCUAAGUUGAAAACCGUCAAUAUAUAUUUAAUUGUUUAAUUACCUUAGAUGGACAGAAUCUGUGCAUGUUUGGCAGAAAAUUUGUGAUAUGUUGAAAAUGAAUAAAUUAUCAUAAUGUGAAUGAAAAAUGUUAACAUAAACAUGUGCUGAUUGCAUGAUAUUCUGGAGUGAUCUUAUACGGUAACCCUUUGAAUGGAUAGUAAAGAUACUUUAAUUGAAUUUCAAGAAGAUUCACGAACCAAUUUUAAGUCCCCAGUGGUAAAAUCUUUCCUUGCUGGUUCCCUUAGUGGAACAUGUUCAACCUUACUGUUCCAGCCAUUAGAUCUGGUAAAAACAAGGGUUCAAGCCUCAAUAAGUGUAAAUGGAGCACGGCCAGCUGGCAUGGUAUCCAUUGUUGCAAAUGUUGUUCAACAGGAUAAAAUUGUGGGUCUCUGGAGGGGCCUUGUACCGUCCAUCUCAAGAUGCGUGCCAGGAAUUGGAAUCUACUUUUCCACCAUCCAUUACCUGAAGGGUAAAUUUGGGCACUCAAAGAGUCCCAUUGAGUCGAUGAUCAUUGGUGGAAGUGCUAGAUCUGUUGCUGUGGUUACCAUGCUGCCAUUUACAGUCAUAAAAACUAGAAUUGAAAGUGGUGAAUUCAACUAUAAUAAUAUGUUCCGUGGAUUAAGUGCUAUCUACAAGCAAGAAGGUGCUAAAGGUUUAUUCAGUGGAAUUGCUCCUACGCUACUCAGGGAUGUGCCUUUCUCGGGCUUGUACUUCAUGUUCUACACACAGUUGAAACACAUGUCCAUCAUUGAAAGUGUUCCUGAUUCGGGACUUCCAAUGUUGCACUUCUCCUGUGGGGUAACUGCGGGCAUGAUGGCCUCCCUUAUUACACAACCUGCAGAUGUUUUGAAAACACACAUGCAACUGUAUCCUAAACGAUAUGGGCGUUUAAGGAAUGCUGCCAAAUUUGUAUACCAGAGAGAUGGUUUGGAAGGAUUUUGGCGGGGUAUUAUACCUCGGACAAUCAGACGAACUCUCAUGGCAGCUCUUGCAUGGACUGUGUAUGAAGAGGUUGCAAAGUCAGUUGGGCUUAAGUGAACAUUAUACCAACCUGUGAAUCAAACUGACCCAAAACAGUUUGUAACUACCUUGCAAGGAUAGUUCCUGAAUUUUGAAUUUGUUCAUGUUGAAAGGAAUGUUUGUUUCAAAGGAUAGUUCUAUACGGAACUUUCGAAGGAUAGUUCUUUACAGAACUCUCAGACACUUGUAGAUUUGAAACAGACUGAAAAUUCUAGACAGUAUUUUAAAAAAAAAAGAACAGUAUUUUUCAUAAAGUGAAAAACAAAAUAGUUUUAGCAGACAAAUGUAAUACUAAUAAUAUAUAAUUCUGGGGAAAUAUGGCUGAAUUGACACACACUAGAAUCAUGAAAAUGUUGAUUGCAACCUGUGGUGAAAAAAAAAAGUUUUUAAGAUGAAAAUGGUUAUUAAACAAGACAAAAAAUGGGCUAAAUGCAAUACCAAAACAUGCACAAUUUUUAUGAAAAAAAAGGUAAAAAUAAAAAUCAUAAAUUUUUGUUAUUUAUUGUAAGUAAUUCAUUAUUUUUUUACCUUAAAUUGAAAUGACACCUUUUUGUAGACGAAAUGCCCAUUUAGCCCUAAUUAUGAUUUGAUAUCAUAAUUUCAUGUUUUUUAUUUUAUUUUGUAAAUAGUUUAUUAUUAAUAACAUAAUACUUAUUUUGUUUAAAUUCAGGGUAUGAUAAUUUGUUAUCAUAGUUUCAUGUAUAAAUGUGUACAUGUAUGGAGAUCCAGAAGUUCCUCCAUGUUGGAGAGUUUUUUGUUCCCACUAUAAAUAGCUGGGCCUUUUUUUUUGAUAAUAUACCUCAACAGCUGGUCUUCUACAUAGAUUUAUACAUUUGAAUCUCUUUGAGCAUCGUAUUAUUGGAGUCAAAAUUUCAUACGAUAAUUUUCUAUCUCAAUAUUCUCAUUGCUUAUAAGAGGUCUUAAUAUAUAAGAAGUAUUGACCUCUCUUAUAAUUAUAAGAGGUUUUUUCUUGUAUAUUUUUAUUGUUUACUUGUAUUUAAAGUUUGGCACAGGCACAUGUUUAUUAUUCGAACAAACAUUACAUGUAUAUAUAAGCACAAUUUCUGUACAAUAUUCAAUAAAUAUAUACAAUGCCUGUUGCAAGUCUUUCAUCACUUCAUUGGGGCAUUAUUUUAUAGCAAAUAUGAAUUAAUUUUAACACUUAAGUUUCAAUAAGAAAAAUUGUAAAACUGUAAAGAAAAAGUUCUUAUGUUGUUAUUUUAGAAAAAAAGUUGAAAAAAAUAACUGCCUUUUAAUUUCUCACUCCUUAUGUCAUUUUAUAUUUGUACAUACAUUUAUUGUUGUUUUUUUUGUCAGUUAUUCAAGUUUAAUAACUGGACAGUUAUUUUGAAUUUUUAUGCAGUUUUAUGUGUAAGAAAUCUUAUGAUUGAACUGUGUUCUAUACAUAACAGAGAUGUGAUGACAUUUCUAUUGUGUAUAAUUAUUGUAUCAUUUUUAUGUUGCAAUUUUUAACAUAUCCUUUAUAACUGAUCCCCCCAAAUAAACUAUAAGAUUUCUGUUCAUGUACAGAAUUUUUAUUUUCUCUUUUGUGAGGCAUGUGAUCAUAUGUUUUCAUAUUUUGUUAUGAAUUUUGAAAACGUAAAGUUUUUUUAUCAUUGAAAAACCCGAUCAGUUGUAAAGGAUAUGAACAAAAUAAAAGUAUUAAAAAAUA